AUGAAGCGGGCUGACUGUGGUCUCGACUGGUGGGGACGCCUGAGACCACGGAGCUGGAGAGUGGCAGGACGAGGCCGCUGGCCCUGCAGCCCAGCUUCCAGGCGGGAGGGGAGCAUUGCACAAGCAGACCGUGGGGAGCAGGGAUGGGCCGGUGGCUCCAUAGGGCUCAGCCAGGAAGUCACGCUGGGUGAGUCAGGAGGAGCUGCUGGGAGCGAACUCUGGAACGGUCCCGUGGGGAAGCGCCCAAGCCUGGGCGCCGGGCUCAGCUCGAGUCCUACCUCACCUCUGAAGCUGCCCUGUGACCUGGGGCAGCUGCAGCACCUCAUCCGGAGAACCCAAGAGAUGUUCAGCAUGGCAGCCUCACACCCUUUCCUUCAAGAGGCGGCCCGAGUUGUCUGA